UCCCUGCCUCCCCCUCCCCCAUGGGCUAACCUCAUCUUUAGUAUUCAAGAGGGGUCUUCUUUGUAAGCUUUGGACUAGUUCUUUUGAUGUGGCAGGGACAGACCCUGGGUUGGGAAGCCACUCAGUAUAUGGCCUCGGCUGGUUCACCACAUAUACCACACACUUUUCUUGCAGGUUUGGGACACAGCAUGCCACGGGGCCUGGCUGCUGCCUUACUCCUAUUGAUUCUCCAUGGAGGUUGGAGCUGCCUGGACCUCACCUGCUACACUGACUACCUCUGGACCAUCACCUGUGUCCUGGAGACAUGGAGCCCCAACCCUAGCAUACUCAGUCUCACCUGGCAAGAUGAAUACGAGGAACUUCAUGACAAAGAAACAUCCUGCAGCCUGCACAGGUCUGGCCACAACACCACACAUAUGUGGUACACGUGCCAUAUGCGCUUGUCUCAAUUCAUGUCCGAUGACGUUUUCAUUGUCAACAUGAUGGACCAGUCUAGCAACAGCUCCCAAGAGUGUGGCAGCUUUGUCCUGGCUGAGAGCAUCAAGCCAGCUCCCCCCUUGAAUGUGACUGUGACCUUCUCAGGACGAUAUGAUAUCUCCUGGGACUCAAUUUAUGAAGAACCCUCCAACUACGUGCUGAGGGGCAAGCUACAAUAUGAGCUGCAGUAUCGGAACCUCAGAGACCCCUAUGCUGUGAGGCCGGUGACCAAGUUGAUCUCAGUGGACUCGAGAAACAUCUCUCUUCUCCCUCAAGAGUUCCAGAAAGAUUCUAGCUACCAGCUGCAGGUGCGGGCAGCACCUCAGCCAGGCACUUUAUUCAGGGGGACCUGGAGUGAGUGGAGUGACCCCAUCAUCUUUCAGACCCAGGCUGAGGAGCCCGAGGCAGGCUGGGACCCUCACAUACUGCUGCUCCUGGCUGUCUUGAUCCUUGUCCUGGUUUUCAUGGGUCUGAAGAACCAUCUGCCUUGGAGGCUAUGGAAGAAGAUAUGGGCACCGGUGCCCACCCCCGAGAGUUUCUUCCAGCCCCUGUACAGGGAGCACAGCGGGAACUUCAAGAAAUGGGUUAAUACCCCUUUCACGGCCUCCAGCGUGGAGCUGGGGCCACAGAGUCCCACAACAUCAGUUUUACAUCUGUCGUUGUAUCCAGCCAAGGGGAAGAAGCUCCUGGGGCCGCUGGGUCUGGAAGAACAGCUGGAGUUUGAUGGAAUGUCUGAGCCUGGUCACAAGUGCCCAGGGGUCUCAGCCUACAGUGAGGAGAGAGACCGGCCAUAUGGUCUGGUGUCCAUUGACACAGUGACCGUGGGGGAUGCAGAGGGCCUGAGUGCUUGGCCCUUUAGCUGUGAAGAUGAUGGCUACCCAGCCCUGAACCUGGAUGCUGUCCGAGAGUCUGGCCCUAACGCAGAGGAUCUGCUCUUGGUCACAGACCCUGCUUUUCUGUCUUGUGGCUGUGUCUCAGGGAGUGGACUCAGGCUAGGAGGCUCCCCAGGCAGCCUACUGGACAGGUUGAGGCUGUCCUUUGCCAAGGAAGGGGACUGGACAGCAGGCCCACCCUGGAGAACUGGGUCCCUAGAAGGAGGCUCUGAGAGUGAAGCAGGUUCACCCCCUGGUCUGGACAUGGACACAUUUGACAGCGGCUUUGCAGGUUCAGACUGUGGCAGCCCUGUGGAGACUGAUGAAGGACCCCCUCGAAGCUAUCUCCGCCAGUGGGUGGUCAGGACCCCUCCACCUGUGGACAGUGGAGCCCAGAACAGCUAGCAUUUAAUAGCCAGCGGUAAUGAGAAGAGACCAGAAGCCUGUGACCUCUUGGUAGGCCUCUGAGCUGACAUUUACAGUGUGAAUGUGUAGGAGUGUGUGUGUGUGUGUGUGUGUGUGUGUGUGUGUGUGUGUGUGUGUGUGUGUGCGUGUGUGUGUGUGUGUGGCUUGAGUGUUAUUAGCACAUCCGUGUUGAGGUUUGGUCGGUUGCUAUGUAUUGUAAUGCUAAAUUCAGUACCCAAAGUUCUAGGCUUACGAGUGAAUUCUCAUGUUUACAAACUGGUUGUGUAAACCUUGUUCCUUAAUUUAAUACUAUUGGUUAAAUAAAAUUGGCUACAACCAA